AUGGCAUUAGGGGAAUUGAUGGUCUCAAGGGUCUCUCAGUCUUCCGUUACAGUGGUUUCCAAUCACGACGACUGCUCCUCCGCCUCCAGUCACGAUGAUAGCCGUAUGUCCAUCAUCGCCUCGCCGAGGAUUGACGAGGUCGCUACCAGUAGCUAUGCAAAUGUCACCGCCACGAGCAUGGCCUACUUGCCUCAGACUCUCGUGCUCUGCGAGCUAAGACACCACGCGGCUGCUUCCGCUUCCGAUAUCGUCCCAGCCCCUAGAUGGCGCCUUAAAGAGCGAAUGAAAACAGGAUGUGUAGCGCUAGUUCUGUGUUUGAACAUCAGUGUUGAUCCCCCGGAUGUCAUUAAGAUAUCUCCAUGCGCCAGAAUCGAAUCCUGGAUAGAUCCAUUUUCCAUGUCUCCCUCAAGAGCUCUCCAGACAAUUGGCCACAACCUGAGCACUCAGUACGAGAGAUGGCUGCCAAAGGCUCGUUAUAAGGUGGAAUUGGACCCUACCAAGGACCAUGUGAGGAAGCUGUGCUUGUCUUGCCGCAAAAAUGCAAGGACUGAGAGAGUUUUGUUUCAUUACAAUGGCCAUGGUGUCCCCAAACCUACUCCUAACGGUGAAAUCUGGGUUUUCAAUAAGAACUUCACGCAGUACAUUCCCUUGCCAGUCAGCGAGCUUGAUUCCUGGUUGAAGACACCCUCCAUUUACGUUUUUGACUGCUCUGCUGCUCGGCUGAUUCUUAAUGCCUUCGCAGAGCUUCAUGGUUGGGGAUCUUCUGACUCUUCUGGACCCUUGAAAGACUGCAUUCUACUAGCUGCUUGCGAUGUACAUGAGACUCUUCCUCAGAGUGUUGAAUUUCCAGCUGACGUUUUUACUUCUUGCCUCACAACACCUAUUACAAUGGCAUUGAAAUGGUUCUGCAGACGUUCUCUUCUGAAGGAAAUUAUAGAUGAAUCACUUAUCGAUAGAAUUCCGGGCCGCCAAAAUGACCGUAAAACCUUGUUAGGAGAGUUAAACUGGAUCUUCACUGCAGUCACGGACACCAUUGCCUGGAAUGUGCUUCCUCGCGAGCUUUUCCAGAGAUUAUUCAGACAGGACUUGUUGGUGGCUAGCCUUUUCCGAAACUUCUUACUUGCGGAGAGGAUAAUGCGUUCGGGGAAUUGUACCCCAAUAUCCCACCCUAUGCUACCUCCUACGCAUCAGCAUCAUAUGUGGGAUGCAUGGGACAUGGCUGCUGAAAUCUGCCUUUCUCAGCUUCCUCAACUUUUUCUGGACCCAAAUGCGGAGUUUCAGCCAAGCCCAUUUUUCACGGAGCAACUUACAGCGUUUGAGGUCUGGCUUGAUCAUGGAUCAGAGCAUAAGAAGCCACCUGAGCAGUUGCCUAUUGUUCUUCAGGUCUUACGUAGCCAGUGCCAUCGGUUUCGUGCUCUUGUACUUCUUGGAAGAUUUCUUGAUAUGGGUCCUUGGGCUGUGGAUCUGGCCUUAUCCGUUGGAAUAUUUCCUUACGUAGUGAUGCUGCUGCAAACAACAACUAUUGAGCUACGGCAGAUUCUUGUUUUCAUAUGGACAAAGAUUCUAGCACUUGAUAAGUCAUGUCAAGUUGAGCUGGUUAAGGACGGGGGCCACAAAUAUUUCAUCAGUUUCUUAGAUAGCCCUGGUGCAUUCCCAGAACAACGUGCUAUGGCUGCGUUUGUUUUGUCUGUUAUUGUCGAUGGCUACAAAGGGGGCCAAGAAUUAUGUCUUAAAGCUGAUUUAAUUGGUGUUUGUCUGGGGCACCUCGAAGCACCACAGCUAUGUGAUCAACCACCAGAACCUUUGUUUCUACAGUGGCUUUGCCUUUGUCUUGGAAAGUUGUGGGAGGACUUUUUGGAGGCCCAGAUAAAGGGUAGGGAGGCAAAUGCUUCUGAAAAGCUGAUACCUCUGCUUUCUGAGGCCCAACCAGAGGUCAGGGCUGCUGCUGUUUUUUCCCUUGGUACCUUACUUGAUGUUGGGUUUGACUCUGGUAAAGGUGUUGGUGAUGAAGAAUUUGACAAUGAUGAAAAGAUUAUAGUUGAAGAUAUUAUCAUAAAAAGUCUUUUAGAUGUAGUUUCAGAUGGGAGCCCGCUUGUCCGAGCAGAGGUUGCUGUAGCUCUUGCGCGGCUUGCCUUUGGACAUAAACAGCAUCUAAAGCCAGUUGCAGCUUCAUACUGGAAGUCCCAGACAAAUUCUCUGCGAACUUCAUUCCCUUCAAUGGCUAAGUUUCACGAUACUGGGACUUCAACUAUUGUUUCUUCAGACAUGGGUUCUUUGGCUAGAGCUAGCACUGAUAGUCAACCAGUGACUCGUGAAGGAAGGAUUUCAAGCAGCCCUCAUGGUUCUUCUUCCGCGCCAAUGCAUGGAUCUCCAUUAUCGGAUGAUUGUUCCUUGCAUUCUGAUUCUGGAAUCAUGCAUGAUGGUCUCAGCAAUGGAAUUGUCGAUAAGCCAAGACCACUGGACAGUGGUACCUAUUCGCAGUGUGUUCAAGCUAUGUUUACAUUAGCUAAAGAUCCAUCUCCACAUAUUGCAAGCCUUGGGCGGCGUGUGCUAUCUAUUAUUGGGAUUGAACAAGUAUUCGCGAGACCCUCCAAGUCCAGUGGCCGACCAGGUGAAGCAGCACCAGCAUCUCACACUCCUCUGGCUGGUUUAACUCGUUCAUCCUCAUGGUUUGAUAUGCAUACAGGUCAUCUACCGUUAACAUUUAGGACUCCUCCGGUAAGCCCUCCUCAAACAAGCUAUUUACCUGGACUGAGAAGAGUUAGUUCACUAGAGCUCCGGCCUCAUCUGCUGGGAUCUCUAGACUCUGGAUCGGCUGAUCCUCUUUUAAGCGUAAACGGAUCUGAACGGAGUUUGCUUCCCCAAUCAACUAUAUACAGUUGGAGCUGUGGUCACUUUUCUAAACCUCUUCUUGGCGGAACAGAUGCUAAUGAAGAGACAGCAGCCCACAGAGAAGAGAAAGAAAAACUGGCGUUUGACCAUAUUGCAAAAUGUCAGCAUUCAUCAAGUAGUGGACUCAACAAUAUUCCCGUUGCUAAUUGGGAUACAAAGUUUGAAAUGGGAACAAAGACGGCCCUCUUUCACCCUUUUUCUCCUAUUGUAGUUGCUGCCGAUGGGAAUGAAAGAAUCAGGGUGUGGAAUUACGAGGAAGCAACUCUUCUUAAUGGCUUUGACAAUCAUGAGUUUCCUGACAAAGGAGUUUCAAAGCUCUGCCUUGUCAAUGAACUUGAUGACUCUCUGCUACUUGUUGCUUCAUGCGAUGGGUUGGUGCGUAUAUGGAAAGACUACGCAACAAAGGGUAGACAAAGGCAAGUUACAGGGUUUAGUUCAAUCCAGGGUCACAAGCCCGGUGCACGUGGCUUGAAUGCUGUGGUGGACUGGCAACAGCAGUCAGGUUACCUGUAUGCUUCUGGGGAAUUGUCAUCGAUCAUGGUUUGGGACCUGGAGAAAGAAAGACUCAUCAAAUCUGCGUCCUCUGAAUCAGAGUGCAGCGUCACAGCCCUGUCGGCUUCUCAAGUGCAUGGGGGCCAACUGGCAGCUGGUUUUGCAGAUGGAUCGGUAAGACUCUAUGAUGUUCGGACGCCUGAGUGGCUGGUGUGCGCAACCCGGCCUCAUAAGAAAGUAGAAAAAGUAGUUGGACUCAGCUUUCAGCCUGGACUGGAUCCGGCAAAGAUAGUGAGUGCAUCGCAAGCAGGUGACAUCCAGUUUCUGGAUCUGAGAAGAAGAAAGGAGACAUACCGGAGUAUAGACGCGCACAGAGGAUCACUGACAGCGUUGGGUGUGCACAGACACGCUCCAGUGAUAGCGAGCGGGUCAGGAAAAGAGCUAAUAAAAGUGUACAACCUCGAGGGAGAACGGCUUGGGGUCAUAAAGUAUCACACUUCCUUCAUGGCCCAAAAGAUUGGCCCAGUCAGCUGCCUCGCCUUUCACCCUUACCAGGUCUUGCUAGCCGCCGGGGCUGCUGCUGGCUCUUUUGUCUCCUUAUACAACACACAACCGCCAAGAUAA